AUGAACAUUGGCAAGAAGCAGAAGCAGCGCAAGGUGCUGCUCAUGGGCAAGAGCGGCGCCGGCAAGUCGUCGAUGCGCUCCAUCGUCUUCAGCAACUAUGUCGCCAAAGACGUGCGCCGCCUGGGCGCGACCAUCGACGUCGAGCACAGCAACAUCAAGUUCAUGGGCAACCUGAUGCUCAACCUGUGGGACUGCGGCGGGCAGGAUGGCUUCGUCGAGAACUAUCUCACACACCAGCGCCACCACAUCUUCUCGUCUGUCGCUGUGCUGAUCUUCGUCUUCGACAUCGAAUCCCGUGACUUUGCCUCGGACGUGCUGUCGUACCAGAACAUCAUCGCCGCCCUCGCCGAAUCGUCGCCCAAUGCCAAGAUUUUCUGUCUGAUCCACAAGAUGGACCUUGUCCAGGCCCGUCUGCGUCUCUCGCUCUUCGAGGAGCGCGCCGAUUACAUCCGCCAGGCUAGUGUUGAGUUUGGAUUUGGCGACACGGUCGAGUUCUUUGCGACCAGCAUUUGGGACCAGAGCCUGUACAAGGCGUGGACACAGAUCAUCUAUUACCUCAUUCCGAAUGCCGGCGUGAUUGAGUCUCUUCUGCGCCAGUUGGCCGAGGUCAUCGACGCGAGGGAGUUGAUUCUGUAUGAGCGCACGACCUGCCUCAUGGUUACACACGUCACGCGCGGCACCGAGGCCAGCAACCCCUUCACCGACCGUUUUGAGCGCAUCUCGAGCAUUCUCAAGACCCACAAACAAUCCAUGGCCAAACACACGGCCCUACCACCCUCUCACGCCAACUUUGCUGAGAUGCAGAUCAAGACUGGCCGCUUUAUGUUCUUCAUCACUCGUCUCACCGAGAACACCAACCUAGCAGCGUCGAUCCCGCCGUCAGAACAGAUUUUUAACGCUGCAAGGGUCAAUAUCAGUCUUGCAAGGAACCGGUUUGCCGAGUUGGAUGUCAUGACCGGGAAGCAUAGAAGCAUGCAGCAGCAAUUCGUCAACAGCUUAGAAGAUAACAAAGGCGAAUUAGACAAAUCGGAGGGGAAUAGUGGGGGCGGGGGUGGUGCCAUGGGCGCAAUGGGCGGCAUAUACUAG